UCUGCAUAAUAAUAAUAAUAAUAAAAGCUUUGCAUGUAUGCGAAUUUACUUUCUGAGAAAUCUUAAAUCCAAAAAUUAAAAAGUAUUAAGAGCUCAAAAGCUCAGUGGAUAUUCUAAAUCAUGGAUUUUUUGUCUUUUGUUGAGCCUUUGUAAAUUUGAUUUUGGAUUAUCUUAUUUAAUUAUGAAGUGAUUUAUAUGUGGAAAUUAAGUGAACAAGUUAUUAAAUUUACAUUGAGAUUCUCUGUUUAAUGCAAAGACUGCAUUUUUAUUAAAGCAGAUUGCAUAUAUGUGAAUUAACAUCCUAAGAAAUAAAUGAAUCCUAAAAGAAAAAAGGAGAACAGUUUCAGUAGCUCACAAGUUCAGUGGAAAACUUAAAGAAUUGUGUUUUUAGUGCCUGUUUGGGUGAGUGGUUGCAAAUUAUAUUGUUUUAAAUGUUAGUUUCGAGCUAUGAAGCACAGACGUGGACAUCAGACACAGACGCUGACAUGCCGACACCGCUAAUAAUUUGAGAAAAUCACAUAAUUCAGUGUGAUUAUAUGUGUCGAUGUCGAACACGACGCGUGUCCGACACUGGGACACGCCUAGUCCGAGGAGUGCCUGUGCUUCGUAGGUUUCGAGUGAAUUGGUUUAUGGUUGAAAACUUUUAUCAUAAAAAGUAGGUUUGCGGUAAAAAUGAAAGUGUGGAACUCUCAACUCUACAUAGAGUUACGUUUUUUUUACUUUUAAUCAGAUGUUUAUUUUGGAGGUAACUCUAUUUUAGAUGAAAACAGUCAAUCAAAUGCGACGUUUUGAAACAGAAUCAUGUUUUUCGUCAGCUAAUGGGAGUUUGAGCUAUGCAGUUGUUAGUCUAGUAUCAAUCUUAGAUAUCUGAGUUUAUUCUUGCUAUGCUGUAUACUGCAUCGUUGUCCUUCGAUCUUUUUCAGAUGCUGAAUAUUACAUUUUUAUGACCCCUUGUUUGUUAUCAUGAGAAUUUUUUUAUCUGUGUGUGCGCGCGCGCGCGGAUAGAAUGGAAGGUGUUGAUGCAUUAAUAGGGGGAGACAAACUUAUUCUGAGGGGAUUGACUUUCUAUGGUUUUCACGGAGCAAUAGCGGAAGAAAGGACACUAGGACAGAAGUUUGUGGUAGACGUGGAUGCUUGGUUGGAUCUCAAACCUGCUGGAAAAUCUGAUAACUUGUCUGAUUCUUUUAGUUACGCUGAAAUAUAUCUUAUAGCUAAGAAAGUUAUUGAAGGACCAGCUCACAACCUUCUGGAGUCAGUGGCCCAUAAAAUUGCAAUCGCUACUUUGGAAGUUCACAAAGAAAUAUCUACUGUUCGUGUGAAGGUUGGAAAGCCUCAUGUGGCGAUUCAGGGUCCGGUUGAUUACUUAGGUGUUGAGAUUCUGAGACGCAGAAGCGAUUUGACAAAGUAGAACUUUCAUAUUUACUAUGCAGGUUUAUCAUGUCUUUCGAUUCUAUUUGAAACAGUAGUAACAUUACUCUUCCUUGAGCGUACCAUCAGUACUUUUAUCUCUAUCUCAUACAAGUCUUGCUAAAACAAUUAGAAGAGGAAACUGUAACCAGAUAAACUGGACAGUGGACGACACCACAUGACAAAAAAAUGCAGUGAGAUUCUGUUAUUUUUUAACUGCCAAGAGUAUCUGAGUAAAGUUUAUAUGAUUAUCGUUGUUUGAUAAAAAGCACUUCCCGUUAAAAAAAAAAAAAGGACUGCUUUGGAACUAAAUUAAAAUGUCAACCAUUGGUUGUUUAAUAAUGUUUGACACAUGAUUGUUUGAGGUUUUUUGCCUGCUUGAAGGUUUAUGUUUUUGUCCCUUACCUUACACGAAGCUUAAUCUGCUUGACAUACCUUUUUUGGUAUUUGAUAGUUUGAUAAUCAUAUUGGGGUCUUAAAAUAGUGAUAGUGCUACUCUUGAUGUUUAUUUCAUUUCAUAUGCCGGAGGACUAAUAAAUGCUAUGGUUGUAGAUUUAGGGCCCGCCCGUUUGGACUGGCUUAUUUUUGAGCUUAUGAAAAAUAGCUUAUACAAGUAACUAAGAUUUUAUGUUAAUUUCGAAGUUUUCAAUAACAAAAAUUGUAUUUUCAUAAAUUGUUUUUUCAUAAACUACAUUGACAAACUAGAGAAUAAUACUUAAAAGCUUAUUUAUUUGCAUAAGUUGUUUUGCAUACGCUCAAAAUAAGACUAAUCCAAACGGGCCCUUAGUCGUAAUAACCCAAGAUGCCAAGAAAUAUGAAAACUUGUUGGGAUAUAAAUUACUGUAAUUCCCUUCAUGUAGUUGAUUUGAAUGAAAAAAGGUUGUUCAAGUUGCCAUAUGUACUUUUUGGUUAAAAAUUAAUUGGCUAUGUGUACUUCCAUAAAUUUGUUUUAGUUUUGAUAGCUAAAAAUUUGUUCAUCUGCUACCGUGGAGUACUGGAGUGGGUCAUCUAUCAAGAAAAGAUGAAAUUCUGAAAGUUUAAUAUAUUUUCUCCACUUUUAAAAUAAAAUAAAUUCUCCUAGAUAAUGUGCCUAAUUGAAAAAGGUAUAGUUCCUAUUCCUGAUAUUUAUUUAACAAAUUAUUUUAGAAGGUUUGAAUUUAAUCAAGAAAAGGGACCAGUGAAAUGUGUUGCUUGCUACUUGCUAGUAAUCCUGUGGGUGCUAGUGCGGUGGUGACUGCCUAGUUUUGCAACCCAGAGAGACAGAGUUUGAAUUCCCACUAGAGAAUGUAUGGCCUAUUGCCUCUCUUCUCCCCUCAAUAAAUUAGACUGUUCUCUCUCUUUCUCCUACUGAUAAGAAAGUGUUACAAAUAUAGCUGGAGGCGAUAUUCAACGGACGAGAAUAGACAGUUAAAAUUGGAACUUGUGGUUAGUGGUGAAUGUUGGGCAAUAUCAGCUUGCAGUUGAUAAACUUUGUUUGAUUGUGAUCUGGGCUAUCUUAUUCAGCAAUGAAAAUAUCAAAACUUCAGGGUAUUCAAUGACUUCAUUCCUCGUUAAGCGCUAUGGAUGCUGAGGGAAGAUGCAAUUGGUGAAACUUUUUUCCUGCUAUUCUUCUUUCUUCAUGCCAGACAUGCCUUCAAAACUUUAGUGUUAGCUCACUGUUUUUUCAUGAGGCCUUGAUGCGUAUGGAAGAUUUUUGUUGUAGAUGAGCAAUGAUAAUGGCUAAUAGUAUGUGCUCUACUGAUGAGAUCUCAUGAUAUUGCUAGCAAUGGAGACAAUAGGUGCUUAGGCUGUUGAAAAUUUCAAAGCACCCCAAGAAUUAUGCAAGAUAACUGAGAUAUUGCAUGAUGAUAGUGCAAGCAGUAGCAAAAACCGACUAAAUAUUUCAGGGUAAUGAUGAGUUUUGGCAACAGUUGAAAGGUGUGAUAACUUUUGAGAUACAGGUUUGAAAGGUAUGUACGUGUAUUUUCCUUCUCGUUUUGAUGAAAUCAAAGUUUGGUACGUGAGUCAGAGAUAGCACUUCUAAAGUGAACGUGUCUCUAAAAUGAGCAAGUGGCGAAUAUAUCCAUACUUGUUUGAAUUAGAGGCAAAUUUACUUUAGGGAAGCUUUUUCCUGUAAAUAUAAGCUUACAGAGAUAAAUUUCUUUCAUCUUUCAAUCACAAACAAAAUAUGUUCAUACUCAAAGGAAGUUAUGUUAGUGUUAGCUAUAGAUACUAUUAUAGAAACAGCCAGAGUAUGAAAGCAGGUGAUUAGUUUUUGUAGUCCUUGCUUUUUCGCUAAAGCUCCAAGCUAGCUCAUGUUCAAGCCUUUGAAAUGAGCACAUGAUUAUAUAAAAAGGUAAUUCUAUCUUUGACAUCAGUUACCUCAAUUGAUGAAGAGAUUAUAAAAUUGAUAAGAUUGGAUCGAUGGUGGCACAACAUGGCUCAUAUCCCUCAUGUUAAUUUUUUCAAAAAAGGGGUUUUGGGGUUGGGGAAGCUGCUUCACGUGCCCUAAAGAAGCUCCCCCAUUGAUCACAAAUAUUUCUUACAGAAAAUGAUGGCCAUGAGAUUUCUUUUCUCCAACUUGUAAGUUGUGCCACCGUUCGACAUCCAUUUACCUUUUCAAUGUAACUUUAUAUAAUUCUCAACCAUUGUGUUAAUUAGAUAAAUAGCUUAUUUAUCUAGAAUAACUUCACAAAAUUCAAGCUUGCCUCAAUUGUAUGCAUACCUCUGAACAUACUACCAUACUACCAUGCUUUAUUUUUUCUGAAGUUAUAUCAAUCAUUUUCUGAAGUUAUUUUUUCUGAA